AUGCGGUGGAAGAAUUAUGAAAUGGCAGAGGGAGGAAGUUUAGUGCGUGGCCUCUCGAAGGUUGGAGUUAGUGGGGUUUCCAAUACAGGAGUCUAUUCUACCCCUGGCUACUAUGCCCCUAGCUAUUCUACCCCUGGCAACUCUACCCCUGGCAACUCUACCCCUGGCAACUCUACCCCUAGCUAUUCUACCCCUGGUUACUCUACCCCUGGUUACUCUACCCCUGGUCUACCCAUCUACCAUGGCUACUCUACCCAUGGCUACUCUACCCAUGGCUACUCUACCCAUGGCUACUCUACCCAUGGCUACUAUGCCCCUAGCUAUUCUACCCCUGGCUACUCUACCCCUGGCUACUCUACCCCUGGCUACUCUGCACCUGGCUACUCUGCACCUGGCUUCUAUGCCCCUAGCUACCUUGCCCCUAGCUACGCUGCCCCUAUCAGCGGCUUCGGUACCCCUAGCAACCAUCCAAUUCCUGCUAUCUUGUCGCCAGCACUGGCUCCCAUUAAGAUGACUGCUUGCUUUAGGAAUGACUCUUUGCCUUUGAAACAACUGCUCGGGAUGACCACUUCCUCGUGCUUUAGAGACACCUACCCUACCCACUUGGUCUGUACGUCGAACGUUAGUGGAGAGCUACAGGCCAAAACUUUGCUGAUUAGUACUUUCAAGUGUUAUUGA